GAGCUGCAGACGCUGCAGGAGGAGAACAGGCGGCUGCAGACCGGCGGGGGCGCGGGGCCCGGCAGGCCGGGGAGCGUGCUGCUGCAGCACGCCGCGCAGCCCGACACGGCCGACAUGGUGGACAACGUGCUGCUGCAGAACCAGGUGGACACGCUGCAGUGGCAGCUCCGGCAGACGGAGAACUCGCGGCACAUGUACCGGGCCGUCAUGGAGCAGGUGGUGCGCUUCCUGGAGCGCGCGCACCGGAACCUCAAGCUGGCGGCCAGCGCCGGGCCCGGCGGCCUCAGGCCCAAGACCCCCAACGGCAGGGUGCCGCGCUCCCGCUCCGUGCACACCGUCGACGUCUGCCCCGGCCGCGCCAGCCCCAGGGACUCGCUGCCCGACUUCCAGCGCGCCAAGAGCAUCACGCAGAUCGAGGACUCCCAGUCGUACAGCGCCUUCAGGGACUUCACAUGGAGGCGUCCCAGACCAUCUCAGUCUGACUUGGAGGAAGUGCCCCCGGAGAAGCUGUCGCAGGAGGCGUUCCGGCUGCUCCGCACCGUGCAGAGCCUGCUCAACACGCGCGAGCCCGACCUCGCGCACCGGCUGUCUGGCUCCGGCUCGGCCUCCGGCUCGGGCUCCGGGGACAGCGAGCCCCGGAGCGAGCCUCGCAGCGAGCGCAGCUCCGUCGUGUCCCUGGACCACCCGGACGACUCGUCGCAGACGUCGCCCACCCCCACCGCCAACGGGAGCGUCAAGGACGGGCCGCCGCACGGGGACAGAUUGGUGGCCGACGUGGCCGGCGCGCUCAGGAGGAAGCUCAACAUCCGGAACUCUCAGGUUGUGAGCUGCGCCUCCUAUAACCGACUGCGCGAGUGCGCGUCCGAGUCCAACAGCAACUCCUCGACGACGGAGGACUGCGACUACGACACGGGGCCCGCGUCGCUGCUCAGCGGGCUGGAGUCGGCCUUCUCGGGGUCGCACCACCACCAUCACCACCUGGGCGCCGGCAACAGGCUAGAGGAGGCCCGGCAGGCGCUACGCAAGGAGGAGGCCGACCGGCUGCUGCACCGGGACACGCGCAAGCACGCGCCGCCCACACCGCAGCCCAGCCUCAGCUCGGCCGAGGACGAGAGCGGCUUCUCCUCCAUGGGGUCCUUCCAGGAGGUGGGGCUGCCGCUGCUGAGCAGCACGCAGCUCAACGGCACCAGCGAGCCCCCGGGUACCGCCAGCUCCGCCAGCACCACCCCGUGGCACAGCCACUCCGCCGCGACCACGCCGUCCCCCGCGCGCUCGCAUGGCUCCUUCCACGAGGUGGGCCUGCCCGUGCCCGUGACCCGGCAGCACCACGGCAAGCCCCCCGUCCCCAUCCACCGGCGCUGGAGCUCCAACCCCGUGGAGGCCAUCACCCGCUCGGCCUACAAGGGGACCGAGGCGCUCAGGGUCCUGUGGGUCUGAGAGAUUUGGGGCUGAGUUUAGGAGUAGGAUGUUCUGGUGAGAUUUGAACUACGUGUUGCCCCAAGGCGUAAUCCUCAGGAAGCAGCGUGAGUUUGUUUUGGAGCAGCAGUCUUCCGCAUAAGUCAAUACUUCCUUCUUUGCAUGACGUUAAUCUGCAGGGUAUUGCAUAGUUCAAGUGUCAACAGAAAAUCCACAUUUAUCUUUUCUCUGCCCAUAUUUCUCAUUAAUGCAUCUAAUGCAAGCCUAUAAGACAAUCAUUAGAUCUCCAAGGAUAACUCAAAAAAUUAACAAUGUUGGUUCUUUAAUUACAAUUUCUUUAAAAUGGAGACUGAAAACCAAUGAGUAAUUGAACUACAUUACCUGUACUGAUGCCAUGGCAAUGCGGAAUUCUUAUAAAGAUAGUUUGUUGGAAGUGUUAUGAUAGUCAUAAUGCUUACCAUGCUUUCUAUAUUUACAAAAAUAAGAUUUCCGUGUUUAGAAAUAACCCCACCAGAGAAGACAAAUAGAUGUACUCUAGAUUUUGUUUAAAUACUUCAAAACUGUUUUUGUGAGUAGAUAAUGGAGUUAUGGCUUCAUUCAACCGUGAUUUUGAGUUUUUUGUUCCUUCUUAUGU